GCUGCAACGUCCAGCUGAGUCGAUCUCGUCUGGACCGCGGCCUCACCCGCUGCGCCCAACACGGGCGAGGGCUGCGGGCUGGCAACCCCGCCCAACGCCGUGUGCGCAGCGGCCUCAUCUGUUUGCGGCCGAACUGCCACCGGCGUCUCAGCCAGCCCCGCAUCCGCGGAGGUGCAUGCCGUUGCGCGGAGCAUGGAGGCCCGUGGCCAGCCGGGAGACCGGUAACCGCGCUGAGCCGGCUCCGUGCAGCGACGGAUGCGCAGCUGGAGCGGAGCGCAAGGACACUCGCCGAACGGUCCUGCAUGGGCAGCCGCCUCUUGCUGCAAAUGCUGCGACAGCACCAGGGACAUCCCAACACUCCGCAAGGAGUGAUUGGCGAACUGGAGAGUCCCUUGGAGAGCCCUGAGAUGAGUGCUAUGCAGGUCGGCGAAAGUGCGGAGCUGCUGCUGCUUAAUGCAGCUUUGGCACGGCGCCUCUCCCCGACGGCAGCUGUGCAGCUGGGGUGGCAGUCUUCUUGGCAACCACAUGUGGUGUGCCGAAAGCUGCUGGACCUUGCUGCGACUGGCGCGGGGGUGCUGAGCAGCAGCCACUACGUGGCCGUGUUCAACCAGGCCCAGGCAGCCGGCCACCAGCGUGCCGACCUCCGCCGCCUACUUCAACGUCAGGUUCUGGGACCGGUUGAGGCGGCUUGGGCGCAGCGAGCCACUUUGUUGGCGCUCGCCCAGCGGCCUGUUUGGCGACCUUUGCUGGAGGCCCUCGCAGAACUCCCUGGUCAUGGACCCUACUGGGCAGGCAAACUCGCGUGGGACCUGCGGGCUUUGAAUGUAGCCACGCCGUUCCCACGCGAUCGGAAGAGGUUUGCCCUGUGGGGUACAACUGGGGCAACGCGAGGGCUCAAUCUCCUCUUAGGGCGCCCACGCAAUGCCUUUCUGGAGCCAGCUUGCUGCCGUGCUUGGGGGAGACUCCUUCUCCGCUUUAUGGAAAAAGUCUGCCCCCAGACAAUUUUGGGGGAGCACCCGACGCACGAACUCCACUGCAUUGCGUGGUGGUGCUGCGAGCUGUCCAAGACGGCUUCAGAUGUUUGGGCGCCAGCUGGGUGA